AUGCAGAGGCUGAUCGUGGUUGCCGCUUUCGGCCUCUGCUUUGCAGAGGAUCCGAAGGUGUCAGAGAUGCUCGUGCCAAAGCCUCUGCAAACGCCAGAAGCUGCCUCCAACGCCAGCAUUGCAGCAAGCAACAGCAGCAAGCCUGUGACUGAGAAAGUAGCCACAGAAGGAAGCGAAACAAAGACAAAUCUCAGGAAUGGUUGGGACUGGAAUGGAGGCGGGAACACUGGUGGUAAUACUGGUGGAUGGACUGGAGGUGGCAACAACGGAGGUGGCAGCAACGGAGGUGGCAACAAUGGUGGAUGGAAUGGAGGUGGCAACAAUAACGGUGGUUGGAACGGAGGCGGCAACAACGGAGGUGGCAACAAUAAUGGUGGUUGGACUGGAGGCGGCCACAACGGAGGUGGCAACAAUGGUGGAUGGAAUGGAGGUGGCAACAACGGCGGUGGAAACAAUGGCGGCUGGAACGGCGGUGGAAACAAUGGCGGCUGGAACGGAGGUGGCGGUCAGAGCAACGGUGGUGGCUGGGGUGGCGGCAACCAAAACCCUCCUUCCAGCCAAUGGGGCCCUAGCAACAAUUUUGGCUGGGGACAUGGAGCUCCGGGCGAGACGUGUUGCAUGUGCUCACGGUCAAGCAGUGGCAAGACCCAGCUGUACGCUGCUGGAGAUUACAGCCACAACUAUGGCUCGCAGACAGCCCAUGAGCAUUGUGACGAGGUUUGUGAGAUCCAGUGUCAUUUCAAAGGGGGGCACAAAUUUGGCUGCUACGAAGAGAAUGACCUUAUCAGCAUGAGCCGCCGCUAUCAGGGCCAGAGCAACUAUGAAAUUCUUCAUGAUGACCACUUUGGUAGCAUUUGCUGA